AUGGAAUGCAGCGUGUUUUCACCGUGCGGAAGGUACCUUGUGCGCUUUCGAUCUGAUGGCAAAACCCGUCUCGAUUUAGAAGUGCGCCCGAAGCAGUUUGCUGCGCAAGCUUCGGUCGUGAAGUUGAGUACUGAGCAUGGGGGGGAGUCCAUUUCGACAGCCACAGAGUCCCUUUUUGCCUCCUUAGAUGAAAUUCAAGUCCAGGAACUAACCACAGCGGCGGGGGUGCGCAAAUCGUUAAAAAUUUUUUCCGAGAUGAUGUACCGCGCGUUAAUAGGACGAACCUCGUGCGUGAAGUUCUACGUGGAAAGGUGCGAUGAAAUGAAACGCCGUAUUGGACUUGACAUCCGUCGUCGACACCAGCGACAACCGCACGACUCUUCUGCCCCACAGGACGACCUGAAGGAGGGGGAGGUUGCCGACGAAGUGAACACCACCCUCAACCUCAGCCUCAACAGCGACAUCGCGGAGGAUAUUCUCUCGCAAUCCUUUUUUACCAUGGACUAUGACGUCGACUUCACACGGGCGGUCUUUCCAAUCCCUCUCGGGCCCGUACGCGAGGGAAUCCCUACCUCGGAUAGCAACCCCCAAUCGCGCGCUUUGACAGCGACCACGUGUGGGCAGUCCACAGCCGGGGGUUCUACAACAGGGGGCCCCACAAACCCCCGGAAGGGGCCAUCCGCCUCUUCAUCCUCCCGCGCGUCCUCGCCAGGGGUUCUCGAAGGGCGUCUGAAGGAGGCCCUCCACGCGCUGGAAAAGGCCCGUGGCACCAACCACAAGCUCCGGCGCGAGAACGAGACGCUGAUCCAGCUAAGCAAGGAAAAGAUGCUCGAGAUGCAACGCCUGUGUGAGGACUUCCAGUCCCACGUUGGGGCUACCGCGGAGCUGGAGAAGCUCCGCGGGAAGAAUACCGAAUUGCGCAUGAAAUUGCGCUUGGCUGAGGAAGAGCGCGACGCCGCCCGGGACGCACUCGAAAAAGGCCGCGGGGAGCCAUCACGAGGGCUUCAUCGCAGGGGGUCGAACUCGUGCGCGAGUCCUCGCCGAAGGUCGGGAUCCUCGGGGGGGGGAGCGCCGCAUCUUGUACGGCCUCGCGGCGGCGGCCGACCCGCUUUGACACUCCCCCCGCCUCCGCUCCACGAUCAGGGCGAAGGCGAGGGGGAGGGGGGGAGGCGCCCGCGCCGGACGGCCGAACGGGUGGCCGCUCUUCCCGAAAGACCAGCCAGCGCAGUGAAGAUCGACUUAGUCAGUGUGGGUCGUCCGCCUCCUCGCGAUGCCCGAGCGUUCAGCAUGAGCGACUCUACCGCACGCCCACAGUCAGCAGCCAAUUUCGACAGGCAUUUCAAUCUCCCCUCAAAAGACAUGACAGUGGUCGCUCUUCAUCGCGUCGCGCGGUAUUUCGCUAAUUUACCGGUUUACACACUGUUUUUGAUAACUCAGAGGGUGUACAAAAAAUUCGGUGUGCUACGCAGUGGUGGUUGUGCUAUUGGCUAUACACUCUUAUUGAAAUUCAUAGAACUUGCAGCCGAUAAGAAAGAGCCUGAUCUUUUAAAAAUAUUUACAUAA